AUUUCUUUCUAGGGGUGGUAACCAUGCCACCAGUCCCCCCUCAAAAAGAAUACCAAUACAAAUACGUGGACUCGCUAUGGUGCAUUUACUUGGUGUCGGUUGUAGCAGCUUGGAAUGCAGAAUUUUUGACCUACCCCUUGGACUUGAUAAAGACUAGGCUUCAAAUACAGGGCGAACUAGCUAAGAAUGGCAAAAAGUUGGCUUACAGGGGGAUGUUGCAAACCGCCCUGGGCAUUACCAGAGAGGAAGGGAUCCUUCGCCUAUGGCAGGGGUUACACGCCGCUUGCGCACGCCAUAUGGUUUACUCAGGGACUAGAAUUAUUACCUACAAGGCGCUUAAAGAAAAAAUGUUCAAGCAAAAGCCAGGAGAUAACAAUUUCCCCCUGUGGCAAUCUGCCGUUUGUGGCGUAUCAGCAGGCGCUUUCGCGCAAUACAUAGCCUCCCCUGCGGAUUUGCUGAAGGUGCAACUGCAAAUGGAGGGUAGACGUAAACUGAUGGGGCUCCCGCCUAGAGUGACCGGGUUACACGACGCUUUCCAGAAAAUAUGGAAAACUGGCGGCAUCAGGGGGCUGUGGAAAGGUUCCGUGCCCAACGUGCAGAGGGCGGCGCUGGUCAAUUUAGGCGACCUGACCACCUACGAUAUGGCCAAGAGGUUCAUAAUGAAACAGACUGGUUUACCCGACGAGCAUUUGCUUCACAUAUUGAGCAGUAGCUGCGCUGGGUUUGUAGCUGCCUCAAUGGGCACGCCAGCUGACGUCAUUAAAACCAGGGUUAUGAAUCAGCCUUUCGACGACAAGGGGAGGGGUGUUCUGUAUAAAUCCUCCAUAGACUGCCUAAAACAAACAGUAAAAGCGGAGGGUGCGUCCGCUUUAUAUAAAGGUUUUAUACCCGUUUGGAUGAGGAUGGCGCCUUGGUCCCUAAGCUUUUGGCUGACCUACGAAGAAGUACUUUCUUUAAUGGGGGCCCGCAGCUGGUAA